AUGUUUGAGAAAACUACCGAUUGUAAGGACUUUUUUCCAGGAUUUAUUGAUGAUGAUGUUAAAAGAAAAGAAACCAGGGCGGCGGUAGAGGAGAUAUUAGAGCUGUUUAAGAAGGAUGAGUUAUUUAGUAUUAAAAUGAUACAAAAUCUAACAAGGCUGAUUAAGCAGCUCAACCAGUUUGAGGAUUUGGUUUUUAUUAGGUUUGUAAGGAGAAGUGAGAGAGUUAAUAUUAUUCAAAAUAUAUGGAAUGUCAUAAAGAAUGAAAAGAUUCCAAUGAACACAAAAAUAAGAUUUGCAAACAUUUUGGCUUCACACAUUAAUUGUUAUAAAAAAUUAUACUUAAGACCAUGGUGGCAUAGUGAGUUUACUUCACAAAUAGACCUUGAAGAUAAUGCUGAAAGAACCGGAUUUAAAUGCAGUUGCAAAGAUGAAGUACUUCAAGAACAGGGUAGAGUUAAAGAUGAGAAUUGCAUUUGUGGAUUAAUAGAUUUUGAGUAUAUUGUUACUAAGAUUGAGGAAGAGUUUACUAGGGAUUAUUUGGAUGGAUUAACAACAAAUUCUCAAAAAGUUAGAAAUUAUGUUUCAAGUCUUUCAAGAGUUUUGAAUGCAUACAGGCCUUAUAUUGGAGAGAGUGAACUGGAAAAUUUCCUCAAUAAGUGGCUAUCUUUGAAUACAAAUAGUUUUUCAUUUUUUGUUUAUUCAAAAUUAUUUGCAUUAAUUUGCAGUCCGUAUUGUUCCUAUAAACUUUUAAAGUCCGGAAGAAUUUUUGAAAUUUGGGAGAUCUUGAAUGGCCAAUUUGUAAGCCACUGGGAUUCUGUUAUUAUAACAGUGAUUUCCAGGGGGGUAAGACACUCUUGGAAAAUUGGAGACUGUUUAAACAAUUUGUAUGCAAAAAUUCCUUAUUUAUUUGAAGUAUUGUAUAUAAAUCUGGGGAUACCAAUUUUACAUAAUGUGGUAUCAAAUUCUAUUAAUACAGGUGCAACUUCUAGUACCUCUUCUGUUUCCUCCGGAACAUCUAAUUCCCAAGUCCUUCAGACCAAGGCUCCAUCCAUUAUUAAAGAAACUAUAUCGAGUGAGCUACUUUCAGCAUUAAAUAUUAAACCCAUAAAUUUAUUUAAUAAGUUUGCUAUUAUUUUCAUCCAUUUGAUCAAAUCAUUAAACUCUUUAUGUAAUAUUGAAAAUAUCAUGACUGAAGGCCAUCAACAGGAAAUUCUUGAUCAGGUUCAAUUGGUCCCAAAUUCUCUAAUUAAUCUGGUAAAUAUAAUAUACCCACUUAAUCAUCCUUCAAAUAUUGGAAAGUGGUCACAUGGAAUUUCAAUUUUUGUUCAGGCUUUAACAUACCAAUAUUGCAAAAGAAUAUACAGAGAAAGAGUAUUUAUAAAGUCUGAAAAAAUGAGUCAAAUAGAAAAAGAAUGUGUUCAGAAAGUGAGUUUGUGUAGAUUUGAUGAUGAGUAUUUAAUGACCAUUUUGUUUCCAUUAAUGGAGCAAGGAAUAUAUAGUAAAGAUAUUCAGGUUGCAGGUAGAUAUGAAGAUUCCCUGAAAAGAUGGACAUACAUUUUGCCAGAUAUAUUGUUAUCAUUCUUAUUAAAUAAUAAAAUAAUGCCAGCAUUAGAGGGAGAUACUGAGACUCACCAAGUUUAUAUUGCUUUUAGGAUAUUGGCAACUAUUGUUCCUUUGGUGAUCCAGUUUACUCCUCAAGAAUUGCCAAAGUUUCUACAGAUUUCACUACAAGGAAUAGACAUUUCUGACCCAAUGAAGAUAAACCAAACAUUGUUCUUCUUAACUGUUUUGUUUUAUAACUUACAAAACUUUCAUGUUGAGACUUUGGAGUUUGAUGAGUACGAAGCAAUAGAAAAGCUUUCUUUAUUGAUGGAAAAUGAUAGUGAAAUCAAAAAUCUAAAGAGCUAUUAUUCACUUUACAAUUAUCCAAAAGAUAUCUUUCCACUCUCGGAUAAAUCUCUUAGAAACAGGAAGGAAGUUCCAAAAGCAAUUUUGGAACAAACUGACAUUAAUGGACACUCUCCUCUAGAUUUUUACCUUAAAAAUAAUGCAGAAGAAGAUUAUCAGAUUUUUUUUGAUGAGGAAAUGAAGAAAAGCUUUUAUUUUAUAUUAAAUCGCAAAUUUGAUAGAGAAACUUUAAUGGAAAAGUAUGAACAAAGAAAAAUUUUAAUGGAUUCGAUAUUUGGCUAUUGGGUUAUUGAAUUUUUAGAACGUGUAUUAAACAUUUUGGAAAAUGUUAUUAAACCUUCAGAGACAGGAAGUUACUCAUCUUCUGUUGAUCUUGGAAUCUCUUAUGCUUUAAGAGCUUUAAUUAUUAGUAUUUUUUCAAAAUGUAAACAAUUUGGAUAUAAUCAACUUUUGAGAGAUUGCUAUGAAAUGAUUGGUAAUUGGAUAUCUACAAAUUUUAUUCCUGAUAAUUAUAAACACCUUUCUAAGAUACUUUCAGCUAUGGGAUCAUGUGAUCCUGAACUUUCUUUUGAGUUAAUUCUUUCCAAGUUAUUAUUCAAAAUUAAAGCAGGCUCAACAUAUAGUAAGAUGCUCUCUAAUGAGGUCUCUUUGUCACAAAACUCCAAAAAAAUAAAAUUUAUUAAUAAUACAAAUAGUUUUGAAUCUGAGGAUGAGUCCUUCAUUUUAUAUUAUACAAAUUUAGUUUCAAGCUUAAUCAGAUACACUCAAAAUCACUUAUUAAUGAAAAAUAAUAAAAUAUACUAUUUUGGAAUUUAUUCAUUGAUUGUUGAACUUCUUUCUGAUUCUAGAAAGAAAAUAAAAAGAGCAGGAAUUAAAUUAGAGCAAAGGUUUAUUGAGUCAUUAACUCAUAUACAGAUUGUUGAAUCCAGAAAUUCACUUUUAGUUCCAAUUGCAAAAAGUCCAGAAUUAGUAGCAAAGGGAAUAAUCCUUUGGGGACUUCCUUUUUAUUUACAGGAAAAAUCAAUAUUUAAUGAUGUUCAAAAACCUGAAUGGUUUACACCCGAAAGAAUCUGCUUAAUUGAAGUUAAAUCCUUAAUUAUAUUCAACUAUUUAUUUAUAAUCAAGCUUUUAAAGAAGAUAAUACAUACAAACUCUAACUCUUCUCAGUUUUCUAGUUUACUUGAUAACUUAUUCCAAGAAUAUCUUCAAUUAUUCAAAAACUCAAUUAGCAAUUUUAGCUCUGAUCGAGUUGAAAAUCAAGACAAUAUAGAAAAUUUCCAGAUUUUACUCAAUAUCAUCAAAAAUGAUGAAACAAAUAAGCCUACUCAUGAUUUUAUAGGUACAGUCUUAUUUUGUUUAAAUAAUCUUCGAGUUUUAAACAAAUCAAUAUCUUACAUUCUCCCAAUUGUCAAGAAUGAUUAUUCAACUUUUGAAAGAAGAUCUGGCUUAGAAAAUAGUCAUUCAAUUCAUGAUCAAGCCCAACAAUUCUUUCCAUUAACUUUAAACCCAGAAAACUUUAAUGAAUUUGAACCAUUCUUUUCAAAGUAUUUCACUGAUACUUACUGUUUAAUUCUACUUCUAGUUCAAGUCUUUUUGGGAAUACAGAUGCUUGAAGUUACAAAUUUAGGGUCUAAAAUAAAACAAGAACUAACUGGUGACUCUAAAAAUGAUAAUAACUCAGAUAAUUUCCAGGUGAGCACUACAUAUUAUAAAUUAUCAGAUCCUUUGGUCAAAAUCACUAACACUGAGGAAAUCAAAUUUAAAUCAAAAUUGAUAAAAACUAUUAACCAGUGUUUAAAUCAUUAUUAUUCUUCUUCAAGCAAUUUAUCAUUAUCAUCUCUUUAUAAUAUUGAAUUUUCUGAUUCUGUACUGGCUUGGCUAUCCUAUACAAAUGGCUUAUAUUACCAAUCUAGCUUAUUAAGUUCUCCCAAAAUUUUCUGGCUUAAAAACAUACAAUAUUACUGGAAUAAAAGGAUUAACAUGAGAAGACACGAAUAUGGAUUUUUUGGAUAUCGUAAAAAAUUGAUUUAUUUGAUGACAUUAUUCAGUUUAGGUAAUUAUAAUUUAAUAAGAAAAACAGCACAAUCAGCUCUAAAAGAGUCUAUCAAUUCCCACGUUUCUUCUAGAAAUAAUGUCUUACAAUUUAUUUUAUUUGAGGUAUACUUUUCAAUCUUUCUAUUUAAAAAAUACGAUCAAGUUGGUAUAGAACCUAAUCAUAUUCUAUUCAAAAAUACACAAAGUUCAGAUUGUCAUGAUUUGACUUUUAAAGAAGUCUUGAGAUCUAACAUAUAUUAUACCAAAUUAACAUUUGAGAGUUACUGUGAUAAUAAGCUAAAUCCGAUGGAGGAAUUUCUAUUUAAUCACUUAUCGGGAUUGUCUUAUAUAAUUGUGAAUAAUUCUUUAUACCAUCGAUUUCUAUGGAACAAUUUGGAUCUACUAAUUGACUUUAUUACUAUCAUCUCCUAUUCAUCAUCUUUCAAAUUGAGUAAAGAAAAUAUUCCUGUUAGGCUUUUAAAUGGAUUCAACCAUAUAAUUAGUAAUCGAGAUUUUAACAACUUAUUAUUUCACUAUUUGGACAAAAAAAGUGACAAUACUGGCUAUACAACAGAAAAGUAUAGAAACAAAUUGGAACUUAAGCUAAGUAAACUUAUUAGCUUGUUUAAUAAAUCAAAUAAUAUAACAGAUAACCAAGGCAAUAAUGAGGAUGAUUUUGAACUUAUUUCACAAAUAAAUUCAAAUUAUUUAAAAUCUGAGAAAUUUGAUAUCAAUUAUGUAAUUAAUGUGAUCAGAAUUCUAUUGUAUAAUCUUAAUAAAGUGAAGACUGAAUUACUGAUUAGUAAUUCUUUGCUCAGAAGAUCUCUUAUCAUUUUAACUUUUAUUCAAGGAUUACUGGUUAUAUUAAUAUCUCAAAGAUCUUUAAUCAAAGAAGAACAGUUUAAUAAUGAGCUUAUUUCAUUAAGAAAAAUGAUUUCUGAUUAUUGGAGUUACUUAUGGAGUAUAUUUUUGGAGACUGACAAAUCUAAUCAUAGCAAUUUCUACUCUGUAGUGUUUUUCAACUUAACUACUUUACUUAAACAACUUUUUGAGAAUGAUAAAGAAUUCCUUAUUGAAUUAAUUAUGAAAGAAUCAGGUUUCAUUAUUCAUGAUUUUAAAAUCAACAAUUUACUGGAAAAUAUGGUAAAUAUUACAGUUUAUCAUCACCAGAUAUCUAAUAAUCAUCCAAAUUCAAGCCAAACAACUCUAAUCACUUCAAGAUCUGAAAGAAAGGUAAUGAAUUCAACAAAUACUAGUAUGCUAAUUAACAAUUUAAUUUUGAAUUACACUUAUGUAAUAAAUUCCUUCCCUUACCAUCGGUUUAAAUGUUACUCUAAUAGCUUAUCAAUAACAAGCAUCAUAUUCUUCCAGUUAUUACUUUUUAUGAUUGAAAAAAAAUAUCAAGGCAAAGAUUUAAAUGAUAUUAACAUAAUUGAUGUAAUUCUGGACAAAUUACAAGAAUGGUGUAAUAAUAGUGUAAUCAAUUUAGAGAAAGAAAAACAUUUAUUAAUAUUGGAGAUCCUAUCUUCAUUUUUCUCAGUUUCAACAAUUUCAAAAGAUAUGGAUGAUUUUAUUUCCAAUACAAAUAUUUUAAACAGGGAAAAAUUAAUAAAAGUAUUAUAUCAUGAAUUCCAACAAAGUGAUCAAGAUUUUAUUUUUAAUUAUAUGGAUUUUAUUAAGUAUUCCCUUACACCAGUAAUAAGACAAAAAUUGGAAUAUUAUUAUUAUGAACCUGAAAUUGAACCAAAUAAUAAUGUUAAAAUUAAAAAGUCAUUAAGAAUUGAAGAAUUGGAAAAAUAUUUGUUAUCUUAUUCAUCUUGUAAUUCAAAUUUGAUGGAGACUAAUUUUACAACGAAGAUACUAUUGAAUUUCAUAUUAAACCCAUUCAAAUACUCAAAAAAUGAAUACAAUUCAUUUAAUAAUGAUAAUAAUAUAACUAAUAUAGACACUGGUAUGAUUGAAGAUAAUGAUUUAUCUACGUUUGAAAUAAUAAAGUAUUUAAGAAUUUAUCAAAGUGGUUUAAUGGAAUUAAUAAUGAAUAACAAUAAAAAAAUAGAUAAUAUCCAUGAUGUUCAAGUAUCUUUAGAGUUUCAAGAUUAUAUAAAAAAUGGCUUAAAGAUUUUUAAUUAUAUAAUUCAAAAAGAUAAUAAUUAUAAACAAUUAAGAGAAGAAUUGUCAAAUAUGCUCCAUUCUUUAAUAAUUGCUAGUAAUCUGAUUUAUUCUAAAUCCAUAAUUAAAUUACAAGGAUCUUUAAAAAUGAAUUUAAUUGAAGAUUAUAAAUUACUAAUGUUAAAAUUACAAGAUGAGAUGAAUAAUUAUAUUUUAAAGUUGAAAAGUGAUUCAAAAAAUAUAAGUGAAGAUAAAAUGAUUGAUUGUGAAAAAAACAAAUUGGAUUCGAGUAUUAUUUCAAAUUCAGAAGUUGUACUUUAUUAUUGUUUACUUAGAGAUUUAUAUUCAAGUAGAAAAUCCGAAUUAAUGGUAGAAGAAAUGGUUUCUUUUGAUGAUCUUUUUAAUAUGAUUAAUAAAAUACAAAUAAUGAUUGGCAAUAAUGAUGAUAUCCUUGGACUUUCUUAUGGUUCAUUAAUGUCAUUACUAAUUACUCAAUUAAAUCAUGAUGAAAUACCAAUAAUGACUAGACUGGAUAAUAUUAUUAAUAGUGUGGAAAAGGUGGAUCCAAAUAAUUAUAAAAAUAGAUUAUUCAAAAUAAGAGUAAAUACAAUAAUUGGUGAAUUUUAUUCUCCAUUAAUAAAUGGAACAAAUCUUCAGUUGGAUAUUAUAAAUAAUAUAAUUUAUGGGUUAUUUGAGGAUCAGUCAGAAAUUAAAUAUAUUUCAAAAUUAGCUUUAUGUACUUUGUUUAGAACUUUAAACAAUAAGAUAUGUAUUAGUUAUAUUAAAUUAUUUAAAUUUUGGUUGAAUAGAUUGGAAAGAUUGAGUAAAAAUAAUAUCAAUAAUGUGGAAGAUUGUGAGGAGAUGAAUAUAAUGAAAAAGAUGAAUUUCAAUACUUUGGAUAUAUUUUCUCUUCAAGAGGAAUCUCAAAUUAAGAAUAACGUAAGUAAAAAUAAUGAAAGAUAUUGCAGAGCUGGAGUGCUUGGACUUAUUUCAGCAAUUAUGAGUCAUCCAUAUGAUAUUCCAUUUUGGCUUCCAGAGACGAUUACUUUUUUAGCAAAUUAUAGUGGUAGUAGAAAUAUUUCUCAGAUUUUAAAGAAACAGAUUCAGGAAUGUAUUCAAGAAUUCUUUAAAACUCAUCAAGAUGGUUGGAAUUUCAUCCAUAAAAAUAAAUUCAAUCAAGAUCAGCUUGAGGUUUUGGAUACUUACAAAGGAAGACCAACUUAUUUUACUUGA